GCUCAUGAUGGGAUCCUCUGCGCCAACCUCAUCACUACGGCACCUCGAAGAUAAAGGGCCGGUCGGGGUGGCGUAUAAGCCUCGUGCCGCCGUCGACGCAGCCGAUCCCGCCGCCGUCAUCUCCAUUGGCUCUCUCUUCCUGCCCGACACGGCGACACGCUCAACUCCCUCAUCGAGUGAGGCUUUUCCGAGCAAGCAAAGCAGAUGCUCCGGCGCAUCCGCGGCACAGACGACAUCUUCGAGGAGUACGGCGACCUCGUGGCGGCCAGCGAGGAGUCGAAGCUAGUCAAGCAUCCUUGGGCUAACAUCAUCCAGAGGAAAUAUCGCCCGCAGCUCAUUAUGGCCAUUCUCAUCCCCUUCUUCCAACAGCUGACCGGUAUCAAUGUGAUAAUGUUCUACGCCGCAGUACUUUUCAAGACGAUGGCUUUCGGCGACGAUUCUUCUCUCAUGUCCGCCGUGAUUACUGGGAUUGUAAACUUGUUUGCCACCUUCGUUUCCUUCUUCACCGUCGAUAAGCUCGGCCGAAGGAAGCUCCUCUUGGAGGGUGGACUUCAAAUGUUCAUUAGUCAGAUUGUUAUAGGAAUUUUAAUGGCAAUCAAGCUGGAACUACUGGAGAGGGGCACUUUUCAAAGACCUACUCAACUUUACUGGUCAUCUUUAUUUGCAUCUACGUUUUUGGGGUUCGCUUGGUCUUGGGGUCCUCUUGGAUGGUUGGUUCCUAGUGAGAUAUUUCCACUUGAGAUCAGAUCUCCCGGGCAGAGUAUCAGUGUUUCUGUCAACAUAUGGCUUGUGAUCAUGACCACCUUCAUUGCCCUUUUCCUUCCCGAGACCAAAAAUGUGCCCAUUGAAGAGAUGAUCCUCGUCUGGAAGAGCCACUGGUUUUGGAGCAGAUUCAUUUCAGACAAUGACAUUCGUGUAGGCAAUGCAGAGGGAAAUCCGUGAUAUCUACCAUUCGAAGGAUCAAUCGUCCAUUAAGGACGAUGGUGUGGUUGGGAAGAUGGCAUGCAUGCAUGCACAGAUCAUAUCAUUUAGAUCGUCACCUAGUUGGCUUUCUUCAAUCAAGAGAGGAUGGUGCAAUUUAGAUGACCAACAGGGAAGAGGAUAAGUGGAUUUGACUCUGAGGUGAUGUUUGGGCAACAAAUGAUUGGAGCCAACCGUGCCAAAGUCUUCAGUUUGACCAAAUACUUGGCUGUUUAACUCAAAACCUUCAUUGAAUUUGGUAAAGAGUAUUUGUGAAAAAUUAUAAGAUAUAAACUGCUUUAAGGUAUAUCUAGUUCUAUGGUUUCUGUUUAAAUAGAAUCAAUCAUGUUUAACAUUACAGUAAUUCCUCUAAUUAGGAUUCUGUUACCUGUUUACUUAGAGCGAAAGAAAUUAAUCAUUAACAAAUUGCCCAAAGUGCUUUUAGUUGGUGUAGAUCUUUCAUCAUUUAUUCUUAUGGAUGAAGGCCAAUAACUAGUCAUCUAAAAUUCUCUCACUAUUGAUCACUCGAUGUCCAGGUUGGUGAAACUAUUCAUGUUUAAGUUUUUUUUUUUAAUGUUAAUUCUAUGAAUACAGUAAUUACGGCAACAGGGAAUCAAACUGGAGAUGGAGCAAAGCAAGCUUUUGACUGCAAGUUAGCAUCUGUGUCCACAAAUCAAAAUCAGUUAACGUCAAACGACUGAAAAAUAUUGCCGAACAUUUGUGUAUAGAUUGUGACAAAAUAUUAGUCAAUGGAUAUUACAAAUCUGUGGUGAACAUGAGAGGUUUCCCUGAACCCUGAAAGCUACUGUAUUUCUGGAGGCGGUAGAUAGAAUACUCUCGACUUCUUACUGAUUGAUAUAUUCUUGCCAGGCCCAUGAGCUCUGCACGCGUUGCUUAAUUAAAGCACCAGAUGGGUGAAGAAACUGAGCUGAAGUGCGAAUCAUGCUUUGCCAGAGAUGAUUGCUGAGAAGAUAUACAGUAAUUUAAUAGUCGUGUGAUCAGAUUGACUCCCGACAGCCCAACAUCACUGAGAUUUUCCACACAGAUUUCUCCUGCGUCAGCUCCUUCAAUAUAUAAUUAAGACAUCAAUUGUCUGGAUUAAUUAAACAAAUCGAAAGGCAGAUAUCUGCACAUCUGUCAUGGAGGAGGAGCAAGUCUGAGCGUGCAGCAAGCAGCGAGAAGGCCGUGAAGGAGGCGAAAAGGAGCCUGCAAUGCAAAUGCAUGUUAGUAUGCCACAUACGUGUCUGCUCUUGGUUCGUGACAGCUCCCAUGGGGACGAUAGAGACAAGGAGCCCCUCCUGCUUUGGGGCUUCCCUGUCGCCUUCCCGAGUUAAACUUCAAGUCGUAAGCCUUUUCAUGUGCUGCUCCGCCAAUGAGAGAGGUAGAGGAGACACGUCGCGAGUUUGAUAAACAAAGGACGGCACCGAAUCCGGUUGACUUUUUUUACUCCCUCUCGUCGAUUUGCCUCUGUUUUCACUCUAUAUAAACCGUAAGAGCACUCGGUGAUUGUUUCCUAUCAUAUACUGCUGCUAUAUCUCUUUAAUUUGCACUCUGAAGACAGGUUUAAUUGAUAUCGAGUUGAGAUUUUGAGAUGGGGAGAACACCUUGCUGCGACAGAGAUGACCUGAAGAAAGGCCCGUGGACUCCGGAAGAGGACCAAAAGCUCGUUGUCUGCAUACAGAAGCACGGCCAAGGAAACUGGAGGACUCUUCCUAAGAAAGCUGGGCUCGCGAGGUGUGGCAAGAGUUGCCGGCUCCGGUGGACGAACUACCUCCGGCCGGACAUCAAGCGAGGAAGGUUCUCGUUUGAAGAGGAAGAGACCAUCAUCCAGCUGCACAGCAUGCUAGGCAACAAAUGGUCUGCAAUCGCUGCCCGUUUACCGGGAAGAACAGACAACGAGAUCAAGAAUUACUGGAACACGCACAUCAGGAAGAGGCUGCUGAGGAUGGGCAUCGACCCGGUGACUCAUUCUCCUCGGCUCGAUCUCCUCGACCUCUCCUCGCUCCUCGCACCCCCUUUCUGCAACCCGACCCCGGAGGCGAUGUCGCCAUUGCAGCUCGACUUCUCGAGGCUGUUGGCUGGCCUCGACGGCGACUUACUCCUGAUGACCACAAAUCUCAUAUUGUCACAGUAUCAGAAUCCCAACCCAAUGCUCAGCGAUCAAGGAAUUACACCCCCGGACCAGCAGCAACUGCUCGAUCAAUUAAUCCCGCCGCAACAGAGCUUCGAUGAGGCUCAAUGGACGCAGUGCAGCAAUGCGCACCAGCUCCAGGCGGGGUCUAACUCGAGCCCAUGGCAAGCCGGCGAUGUGAUCCCGCAGAGCAUCGGGAAUAAUCUGAUGAUGCCCGAUCACUCAUCGUCAUUGACGCACUUGGUCAACGCCUCGAACAUCUACGGCGCCAACGACGGAAACCCGCAGAGCUACUGGUCGACGCCGGCGUCGUCGAGCCUGACGCCGCUGAACUCGCAGUCGACGACGACGUACGUCAACAGCAGCGCGGAGGACGAGAUGGAGAGCUACUGCAGCAACCUGUUCCACUUCCAAAUCCCGGAUGGCGUCAGCAAUCCUAUCUUGUGAACUAGAUCAUGUGGAUGAAAUUGUUUUUGUUCGUGAAGCGCAAUUAAUAAUCAUCUUUUUUAUUUCUCUUGGAAAGUUUUUACUUUUUAUUUUCUUUAAUUUUUCCUAACGGAAAAACAGAGCCAUUAUCAGUAGUAGUGUACUGAAAGUGUGUUCCAUCAAAUGGUAUUUCAUAUGUUUGAUAUAUAAAAAAAGAAAAAUCUUCAUAA